CCCAAUCAUUGGCCCGCCGACUUUCCCGCGAAAACUCAACUCCUAAUAACAUUAGACUUCUUCUUCACUAGAGCUCAGAGCUCAUCAAUGGCGCCUCUUCUCCUCCGCUUCUCCUCCCUUUCCAGGCCAAAACCAACCUGGAACUCCAACCACAACCUACUCAUCACUAACCAAACCCUAGUCGCCAUGGAGUCCUGCUCCUCCAUGCCCGAGCUCAAGCAAAUCCAAGCCCAACUGACACGCACUGGGCUUAUCUUCCAUUGCUUCCCCGCCAGCCGCGUCCUAGCCUUCUGUGCCCUCUCCAACCCUCCCCAAAUGCCCCACGCCCGCCUCGUCUUCGCGCAAUCCCCCCAACCCAACACCUUCAUGUACAACACCAUGAUCAGAGGUUACACGAGGUCCACACUCCCUUCAAUGGCUCUCCUUUACUUCAUUGCGUUGAUGCGUGAACCAGUCGAGCCGGACGCUCGGAGUUUCGUGUUUGCUCUCAAGGCUUGUGAGAAGUUUGCUUGUGUUUCAGUUGGUGAAGGAGUUCAUUCUUUGGUUUGUAAGCUUGGUUUUGAGUUUGAUCUCGUUGUGGAGAAUAGUUUGGUUCAUUUUUAUGCGGAGCAUGGCCGGGUUGGUUGUGCACGCAAGGUGUUUGAUGAAAUUCCUCAAAAAGAUAUUUUUUCAUGGACAACGAUGAUUGAUGUGUAUGCGCGGAGUGGAUUUGGUUUUGAGGCUUUUAGGAUGUUCUGUUUGAUGCGAACUUCGGAUGUGAGGCCGAAUGAGGUUACUAUGAUCACAGUGCUUUCCGCUUGCUUGCAGAUUGGUGUAUUGAAUCUGGGAAAAUCAGUGCAUGCCAUUAUAGAAAAGAGUGAUUUUAAUGUGACUGUUAACUUGUUGAAUGCAUUGGUGGACAUGUAUGGAAAAUGUUGUUGUGUCGGUUCUGCUAGGAAGGUUUUUGAUGGUAUGGAAACGAAGGAUGUUUUCUCAUGGACUAGCUUGCUGAAUGCAUAUGCCAAAAGUGGUGAUUUAGAGCUUGCAAGGCAAAUUUUUGAUGACAUGCCUGAAAAGAAUGCGGUAUCAUGGAGUAGUAUGAUAGCAGGUUACUCGCAGGCCAAUCAACCAGACAAAGCGUUGGAAAUGUUUCGUGCAAUGGUUGCUGCAUCAGUGGAGCCUAUAGAUGCUACUCUUGUCAGCGUGCUUUCUUCUUGUGCACAAACUGGUUGCUUGGAUCUUGGUAGAUGGAUUUAUGAUCACUAUAUACUUGAGAAACAAAUCAUUGUUGGUGUGAAUUUGGUUAAUGCGUUUAUAGACAUGUAUGCUAAAUGUGGAGAUCUCAGUACAGCAGCCAAACUGUUCAAUGAGAUGCCAAAGAGGAAUUCGGUCUCUUGGAACUCCAUUAUCACUGGCUAUGCGAUUCAUGGUUAUGGAGAGGAGGCCCUUAGCCUUUUUGAGCAAAUGAAGAGCGAGGGAGUAUUACCUGAUGAUAUAACAUUUGUUGGCGUCCUCUCUGCAUGUAAUCAUAGUGGCUUAGUUGCGAAGGGGCGCAAACAUUUCGAAGAGAUGAAAACUGUGUUUGGCAUUGAACCAAGGGUAGAACAUUAUGCAUGCCUGAUUGAUUUACUUAGUAGAGUUGGGCUUUUAGAAGAUGUUUUUGAACUGGUGAAGAGAAUGCCAAUGGAGCCAGAUGCAGCAGGAUGGGGUGCGAUUCUAAAUGCUUGUAGGAUUCAUGGGAAUGUGGAAUUAGGUACAUGUGCAGGAGAUAAACUACUUGGUUUGGACCCUGGAGAUAGUGGUAUUUACAUCCUCCUAUCAAAUCUGUACGCAGGCAAGGAGAAAUGGAAUGAGGUGAAGAAAGUGAGAAGGAUGAUGAGAGAAAGAGGAGUCAAGAAGACUCCCGGUUUCAGCUCAAUAGAGGUGGAUGGUAAGUUCCAUGAGUUCUUAUCCGCAGAUAAAUCUCAUAUUCUAUCUGAAGAAAUUUAUGGCAUCCUUGAUGUGCUGUAUAUCCAAUUCAGAUUCAAGCAUAGACAAUGAGGAUAUCUUAUUGCUUCUUAAAGAGAAACAAGUUCAUAUGAUCAUAAUCCUCACUUAUCUACUACUCUGUUUUAAGGGGAGCCCACUGAAAGACCGAAAACAUGCAGCUUUCAGGGAGAACUAUCAGGUCACUGUGACAUAAGUACUUAGUUUUGCAGGAAUGAAGACCAUAAAUACAUCUUAACUCGCUGGGAUUGUGCUUGAGAGAAAAGUUGGAAGCUUAUUAGUCCCAUAACAAUGAAUGCAUUUUGAAUACAAGUUCAUUUUGGAUUCGUCAAAGCUAUUGAUUGGAAUGCAAGAAAAAUCAAAAGUGGGACCUAACUCUUAGACAGAUGAAAUGAAGUUGACAUCAUGGGCAGAUUAAGUGCUCAACCAUCCCUGUUCCUUGGAAGUUGCACCUUCCACUCAAACACUAACAGAGAUCAGCAUAGGAAUG